GGCUCCCGUCGGACUAAAUCAAGAUGGCUGCCGGCGAUAAAUAGUUUAAAUACUUUUGUUGUCUUUCGUCAUAGUUGUCUUUCGAAAUGUCAGAAGUAUUACAAUUCAGUUAUCCUCCUCUGAUAAAUGGCAUCAAGUGAUAGAUUCCUUUUGCGUCUUAUCAGCAAUAGAGGCGAAAGUACAGAUUGGCCGGUUCACUGUCAAAUUACAUUCAGAGAGAUUUUGGAAAUAAUUUCUAAUGUUUUGCCUGGUGUUACAACAACUGCUUUUGAAUACGAAGAUGAAGAUGGUGAUAGGAUUACAGUACGAAGUGACGAAGAGCUUAAAGCCAUGAUUGAUUAUCACAUGCUAAAUACUGAUUCAUUAAUAAAACCUGUCCAAAUUUACCCCAAAGCUUGUAGAACACCAAGAAAAAGAAAUCUACAUGGCUUGAAAGUCAACACAAAAGCACUUCCAGUUGCCAUCACUGAAUUAAAGCCAAAGAGCUCAAAAAAUAUGUAUGAUAAAAUAUCAGCUCCUCCUGGCAGCCUGAGAACUAUUCUAGCUAGUGGACAGGUCUCCCAUGAAGAACUUCAGUAUAUAGAGAUAUUGGGCCAUGGUAUUGGUGGCACAGUUUAUAAAUGUUAUCAUACAGCAUCUGAAAAAAUCAUGGCUGUUAAAGUUAUACAAUUAGAUUUAACACCUGAAGUUCAGAAACAAAUCUUGUUGGAGUUAAAUAUUCUUUUCAAGUGUGAGUCGCCCUACAUUAUUGGCUUCUUUGGUGCAUUUUUUCUUGAAAACUUGAUAUCAAUUUGCACAGAAUUUAUGGAUGGUGGUUCUUUAGAAAUAUACGGAGCAAUUCCUGAACCAGUGUUGGGUCGAAUAUCAGUCACUGUGGUUAAAGGUCUAGUUUAUUUAUGGCAGUUAAAGAUCAUGCAUAGAGACGUCAAACCGUCCAAUAUAUUGGUAAACACCAGAGGUCAGAUAAAGCUGUGUGAUUUUGGUGUCAGUACACAGCUUGUUAACUCCAUUGCAACUACGUACGUUGGAACAAAUGCUUAUAUGGCGCCUGAGCGUGUACUGGGUGGAGAAUAUAGUGUACGUUCAGAUGUUUGGAGUCUUGGUAUUUCGGUCUUGGAAAUGGCCCUUGGAAGAUUUCCAUACUGCCGGGAGAACUCCGAUUCAAAGGUGUUUCUUCCUAUCGAACUGAUGCAAUGUAUAGUAAACGAGAGCCCUCCAAGUUUACCUGUGGAAAAAUUCUCUCCUGAUUUUGUUUCAUUUGUUGGGACUUGUAUGCAGAAAUCGAUCAAGUCAAGGCCAACCCCCCAAGAAUUAAUGGAUCAUCCUUUUAUUGUAUUGAACAACGAUGAAAACGUGGAGAUUGUUUCCAUGUGGGUAUGUAGAAAGUUAGAAGAAAUCAGAGGUCGUUCUGUAAAUGUGGAUAGUCCAAAUCAAUGUGAACCUAUGGUACAUUAAUGUACAUUAGUCUAAGUCAAUGUGAACCAGUGGUACAUUCAUGUACAUUUGUCCAAAUCAAUGUGAACAUAUAGUACAUUGAUGUACAUUUGUCCAAAUCAAUGUGAACCUAUAGUACAUUAAUGUAGAUGUAUUGUAUAUUUUGCAAAGUUAAAAAGUUGCUUUGCGCCUAAGAAUAAUUUUUGGGCUAUUUCUUUUAUAAAAUACCGCGAAAUUAUUUAUGAUGCGAAUUUAAAACGAAUGUUGUAAUUUUACUCUAUUAUGUAUUGAUGAUUGAUUUGCAAAUUCUGUUUGAUUGGUUUUGAUUGAGCUUAGAUCAGAUCAGAUUAUUAAUACAAAUACAAACUCAGCAAAAGAUUAA